CGAAUCAUGUUCGAUGUGCCGCUGAAAAAGUCACGCGAAGUCGCGUGUGCUGGUGCUGAAGCUGAAACGAUGUGAAAAUGUGCCGACUUGCAGCCAGGGGCUGACCCUGGACCACGGCCGGAAGGAUGCUGUGGUGGCUGUUGCUGGGGCUGUGUUCCACCAGCGGCGUCGCCCUCUGCCCGUCCAUGUGCCAGUGCGGCGUGACGUCCAAGGGCCGGCGGAAGGUGCAGUGCGUCGAGGGCGGCAUGACGGAGGCCAUCCCCACGCACGAGAUGGACGCCGGCACCGAGGUGCUGGAGAUCUCGGCGCCGGCCGGCGACUGGAACGCGCUGAGCAUCUCGCCGACGUUCCAGCGCUUCAAGCGCCUGGAGGAGGUGCACAUCCGGCGCUCCGGCCUCACCCAGGUCGGCAUGCACCCCUUCUGGGGCGUGCCCUCGCUCAAACUGCUCGAUCUGACGGUGAAUAAUAUCAGUGGUGUGGCCGAUCAUAACUUCCGCGGCUUGGUGAAUCUAGUGGAGUUGAAUUUGGACGAUAACAGAAUAACAAGUUUGCAAAGCGGGGUUUUUAAGCAUUUGACCGAGCUAAGGAUAUUGACUCUGCAGAGGAAUUUGCUCGACGAAUUAGUGCCUCGGCUGUUUUUAAAACUCGGAAAACUUCACAUGCUCAAACUUAGCGGGAAUAAAUUCGAUGAACUUAAUCCAGAAGUGUUCAAGGAUAUUCCAGAACUGCGUGUCCUGGAAUGUCGCGAGUGCGGCCUGCGCCGCAUCAACACCCAAAUCUACCACUUGCUGCCUUAUUUAUCCCACCUGGAUCUGGGCGACAACCAGAUGCAGUUCAUCGCCUCGGACGAGUUCCGCGACUUGAAGCGUCUCCACAGCCUGAAGCUGGACGGCAACCAGCUGCCGGUGGUGCUCGAGCACACCUUCGUGCGCCAGCAAGAACUCAAGUAUCUGUGUUUGGCGCGCAAUCGCUUGGCCAAAAUCACCAACACGGCCUUCGUGAACCUCUCAAGCCUCGCCGACCUGGACAUCGGCUACAACAAGCUCGACCGGCUGGAGAUGCAGGCCCUCCAGCCCGUCGCCGACACCCUCGAGCGCCUCGUAAUCAGCGGCAACGCGUUCGGUCCUAAUGUGAUACGCAACAUUUUGAACACAGUUUACAACGUGCGCGAGCUCGGGGUGGCCCACAUGAACCUGCGCCACAUCCCGAAGGGUUUUUUCCCGGAGCGCGUCCGGAAAUUGAACGUCUCGGCGAAUAAUCUGACCGAGCUCGAGUCCGGGAGCCUCCCCCGGCAGCUGCUCGAGCUCGACUUGAGUCACAACGACUUGCAGCGCCUCUCCGAGAGCCUCAUUUUGAAGCUGGAGGAUUUGCAUGCAGUGUCUCUCGGCUCUAAUCCCUGGUCGUGCCGAGUGUGCGAUUUAAGCUCCAUAAUUUUCCGCCUAAACCGCACUAAUCUCUUCCGGAACGUCACGUGUGCCGCGCCGAAGCCGCUCCAAGGGCGCGAGAUCUCCGCGCUGCACCUGGAGGACCUGCCCGGGUGCAAGCCGCCGUCGCAGGACGCCGCCAAGACGGGGAGGCUGGGCCUGGUGGUGGGGUUCGCGAGUUUGGUCUCGUUUUCGCUGGUUUGUGUGACGUUCGCAGUGUGCUCGUGUAUGAGAAGGCGGGCUAGGGACGCGGUCCAGGAGCAGAAGCGACUCGCGGAGCUGCAGGAGAACGCGCUGGAUCGACCGAUUGCGAUUUUCGCCAAGGGCGAGAUCAGCUUUAAGUUUCCGCUGGAUUUGACCGAGAGGAAAGUGGAAGUCUCGACGAUCGACGAGAUCAAGAAAGAUACACAGAGUUUGCCGAACGGAACGGGAAUUUGAAGCUUGAUGGGAGGGAUGGGGUGUUGUCUGUGGGAACGCGGGGAAAACAUAUCGAGAGGUGCUCACAUCGAGACCAUAUCAAACGGAUAUAGUGAAUUAUAGUGCCUGAGGGAGGGGCGGGGUAAUGAGCCCGAAGGAUUGUUGCAAUCACUGAUAAACGAUACGGUUUGUACCAAAUUUUUGGCACCCUGUAGAAUGGCCCAAAUAAAAUUUAAAUGCAGUUAGUACAGACCUUUUUCAGUUUUGCUAUUUGAUAAAAACAAAACUCUUGGAUUUUGGAUUAAAAAAUUUGAAGCCAAUUCAAAGUCAAAUUUUUACCUAUUUACCUAUUUUUUUACCUAUUAGCUUAAAAUUUAGUCAAGUUAUUUCAGCGAUUUAUUCGUUAAGUAGCCAACUGUUUGAUUUUCUUUUGUUAAUUUUUUCUGUUUAGCGAAAAUUUUAGUAGGCUGAGUCGUGCUGCUUUAGAAUUUAAAACUCAACAUUUUGUUAAGUAAUUACUGUAAAGACAGGAUUUUAGCACUUUAAAAUGCUACAAAAGAACCCUAAAAAGACAGUAAAGACAUAAAAUAGGACAUUUUAAUAGAAAAAUAGGUCAUAACAUCACAGAAAAAAUAGUUAAAAAAAACAAUAGAACAAUAGGACGAAAAAGGUUUAAUUUGUCGUUUUAGAAUUUAGAAAAUAUACUAACGUUUUAGAAUUUAAUUAAUUUUUUGCGUUUUAAGAUGCAAAAAAAAAUUGUGUACGAACUCAAUUUCUACGUUUGAAGUCCUGUCCACAAGUCAUAAAUAGAAACAAAAAAAACCUUUUUCUAAAGCUUGGUUUCUAGUCUCAGUGAAAAAGUUGAAAUUAAACCCUGAGGUUAACCGCAACCUAAAUUUUGUACAUCCAUUUUUUGUUAGAAUUUUUCUUUAUCUUCCUUAUUUUCUUAAAAUAUCUACACAUGAUUUUAAAAUUUUACAAAUGAUUUUUCGUACUACUGUCAUUUCAUGAUUACGGACGGGACAUAAUUCUGCCAACUUUUAUUUUUAAAAUAGCUUAUCUUUAAAAAAAAUAGUAAUAGUUAAACUAAUAUUAAUCUAAACAUCCAUAAAGAACCAAUGUGUUCAACUUCCCCAAAAUUGUUAUAAAUAAUUGAUUACGGACGGGACACAAAUGCGCUUAGUAAAAAUUGAGUUUAAAAUGAGUAAAAUGAUCUGUGAAUACUUUCGAAAGAACAAAAAUAAGUUGGAGGUGCUUAAUUUUUUUUAUGGUUGUAUAACGAAAAUGAAAAAUAGUGAAAUUACGGACAGGACACAAAAAAUUAUGUUAUGUAAAUAUUUUAUUAUAAUUCAAAAAUUCUAACAAAAAUAAGGUACUACUAAAAAUUACGUAUCAAAAAGAGAACACCAUUUUUAUAAAACAGAACAAUUCAGUGAUAAAUAUUUUGUCAUAAGCUUUGGAUCGUGUUUCAGUUAUAGGCUUAACAUUCGUCACUACUUUCAGUUUGAAAGCACGUAGUUCUUUAAUAUUAUUAAUAAAUUAUCAUUUUCUUUGAACGUGUUUAUUCCGAACUAAUCUUUUUACUGAAUGCAAAAGUUAAAAGAAGCAGAAUUACUAAUUAAAAAAUUAUAUUAUGGAGCGAUAUUAAUAGAUUUUUCAUAGAAAUAAAUCACCAAAAUUUAUGCGAAAGUUGAUAAUUACUGUGGACUGUAAUAGAUGGCUGCUAUUAAACCAUCAAUCGAUACCCCUUGAAAGAGUAAACAAUUUACAUUACUGUGCUAACUGGCUAGAAAAAGAAUUAAUUAGCAGUGAAAACAUUUGGUCGGAAUUUUUUGUUUUUAAAUCAAUUCUACUGUCUUUUAUUAACGCAAAUUUACCAGACUUUUUAAAUUCAUUGUGGAUACGGACAGAACGGUGUAAUUACUGUUGUUCUUGUAUCUAACAAGCUCAGUUAUUUUGUAUUAUUGUGUUUCUCAAGUUUCUCAACCACAUAAUUAAAUGUAGAAAAAAGGUCUUUUACAAGACGAACAAUUUUUUUACGAUUAAUUUAAAUCAUAACAGAUCUUGAAACUGAAAAAUUUUGUAUGGGCCAUCCUGUGUAUAUUUUUAAUUUUUUAGUGUCCAAAUUGGAUAAACAUAAACCCGGCCGUCGUAGACGUGCCCUGAAUCCUCUCAUUGUGCAAUUUUCAGCAAUAUUACCUGAAAAACCCGCAGUCCUGCUUUUAUUUACCUGAAAAAAAUUUAAAUCCUCGUCGUAAAAUAAAAGUAGCGUUCCUCUACGCAACUUAUUGCAUUAAAUAGUAAAAUUUGGGCACGUAUUUUGGUAAAUUCCCCUUUUACGUGCAAUAAACCCGGACUUUGGGCGCCGCCCCUCCCCUAUAUUUUUGCAUAAUCGCAAAGUACCUACUUGUAAAUAAAAAAUAUCAAUGUUCUCCAACUGUGUUACAAAGUCGCUUAUGUACGAACUCGCAUUUGUAUCCACGCACAAACCAGUGUGAGACGGCCGGAUUUACGCCACUUUAUUAUCCGGGCGCGCUCCGGUUAGCGAAAGCCGAUAAGAAGUCUAAUCAAGAUACCUGCGUUAUAAAGAGACUCGUGUUUUUGCUCUCGCGAACGUUUUCAUUCACAAAAACGAAUUUGCCUUUCUUAGAUUUGAUCCGCGAGUUUAAAGAAGCCGCACAACAUGGCGACAACAACUGUCAAUAUUUGCCGACUCCGGGGUUGUGUUACGAAAAAGGUCCGGGUGAUGGGCUUGACGGAACGUCGAUGGUAAAAGUAACGAGACUUGUAAACAUUAUUCCGGGUUGGGGUCGCUGAGAGCACUCCAAUUCGUUAAAGGCAAAUGCCAAUCAAACCAUUAGUUUGAAAUAAUCCAAGACUUUUGUCGCAACAAAUCAAAUAAAAAAAUCAAUUCCUUGAUUAAAUCAGACGGUUAUUGGCGCUGGCCUGAAAAGGCCCGAAUAAAGUGCAAAAACGAAGCUGCGAUCAACUCACAACUUCCAGAUUGAUAUAAGUGACAGGCCGGACGUGUCUGAAUCAAUCUGAGACGUGACUUUGCUACGGCGCUGCUGAUUUCUAAUACAUUUAUUGAAAUAUUGAUUAGCAGGCACGUCUGACUCAAACUAAAAUAAAUCAAAAUUUUUGGAACAUUUUUACUGAAAUUAGUCCGAAUUAGUUUAAUCUACGACAUGGAGUGAUGUUUCCGGCGGCGUUUGAUGUUUUUGUUUUAAGGCCACAGUUUGAAAGUCCUAAAUACCUUUAUAGGCGAUAAAAAUUCAAUGUCCUGAAUUCGAAAGAAAAAUAAAAACGAGUGCAGGGGCGCUCUCCAGAUGGAUAGCAUUUUAUUUAUCUUUUAUUGUCAAUAAACACAGCGGUGUUUUACGUCCAGCGUGCAAUUUAAGUGUAUAAAUAAUUAAAGCCCGAACUUCCGGCAUUAAAAUAUCGCAAUGCAUUAAAUUUCGCGUAAUGACCUUUGAUGUGGCGUAAAUCACGUCCAAUCACACAUGAAAUGAUUUCGAAUUGGACGCAUUCGUACAUGGUUUAUAAUUUAAUAAACAGAAUAAAUAGAGUAUUUAUAAAUUUGUUGCUCUCGAUUUGUUUAAACGGGACCAUUAUUUGUUUGUAUUCGAUGUUGGUUGUAAAAUCGUUUUCUAUAGUCAUUUGUAAGAUAAGUUGUACAGUCGAGCCGAAAUAAACUGUUACUAUGA